CCACAGGGGUCCAUGGCGGAGCGCUCCAAGGAUUCGGGGUCAGAAGGGUCAGAUGAUGAGGUCAUCUGGGAGAAACCGGUCAGCGAUUGGACGGUGCAGGAUGUUUGCUCCUGGCUCCAGUAUGGACCCCUACAGAACAGCACCGGGCUUGUCCAGUCAGCUUACACUCAUAACAUCUCAGGCCGCGCUCUGCUGAGGCUCUCCGACAACCUGCUGCAGCGGAUGGGGAUUCAUCAGGAGAGUCGGCGCCGGAUCAUUCUGGUGGAAGUUCUGGAGCUGAAACUGCAGCAAGAGUUACAGCAACUGCUGCUCAUCACUGAAGAAUGAAGCCGGCGGAUCCGACCAAUCA